AUUAACUGCAGUUAAUAAACAUUUACGUAUAACACGUUAUCUUUUACCUCCCUGUAAACCCAGAAACUAAGAAAUGAGUGCGAAAACGCAGCGAAUCCAAGGGGAAUACCUGGACAAAAGAAAACUAAGCCCGGACAAUGUUGACAGUUUGAACGUGAUUACAGAAAAUAAUACGUCAAAUAUCUCUGCGACAAUGACCCAAAAUAUAGAAGUGUUCAUCAAGACGAACUUUAUCAAGAAAAACGGGGACACAGAGGACUAUAUAUUACCCGAGCAAUCGGAGCCAGAUAUUAAACUGGAGCCGUGCGUGAUAAAAACAGAUUGUCCAACUAUGGAUAGCAUUGAUAUUGGUCCAGUAAAAAUAGAACCGCAAGAGAACGAUGCCGAGACAAUGGUGAAAAUGCAUAACGAAGAAUCCUCUUGGAGCAAAUACUUCUCGGAAUUUGCAACCAAUCUUCCUGAGGAGCACGCCAAACGUAUUUUUUUGAUAGAAUUUCUUCAGGCCUAUCGCGCCUCGCCCGGCUUGUGGGAUAUUAACUCAGAAGAUUUCCACGAUCCCAAGAAAAAAGAAGUUCAAUACGCAAACCUGCUGACCAAAUAUCGGGAAUACUAUCCUGAUGGCGACAGGAAAGAAAUGCAAAAGAAAAUCAAUGGAUAUAGGUCCUACUACAAUCUGGAGCUGCGCAAGAUUGAUUAUUUGAACAAUGGCAACAUUGGCUCGGACAAAAAGUACGUUUCGAAUCUGUGGUACUUCGAUUUAUUUAGCAGCAUGUGCGGCAACAAGGAAUCUCUGGACCCAAUUAAUAAGGUUAUUCCCUCAGCUAGCAGAAAGGAAUCAUUUACUGAAAGAAGAAGGCUAAUGGCAAAACGGCAAAGGGAGGCUUUAAAAAAGGACCCCAUAAAGUUGGCGUGUUACCGUGAAAAAGCCAAAGAGAGAGCACGAAAAUAUCGUGAGAGGCUCAUGUCCGACAAUAAAGAAUGCGUCCUGGAAAAACAUCGUAUUAAGCAAAGAAGAUAUCGAGACAGAAAGAAAAAUGAAACUCAAAUAGAAGAGAACCUCGAGCCCUAUGCAUGCAAACAGACAUUAGGAAAAGCAUUGGCAAAGGCAGAAAGAGCCUUGCCAAAUGACUUGGAUAAAAAAAUAAAAGUGAUCAACAUUUUGUAUGAGAAAUAUGGAAAUUCUACAAACUAAUUUAAUAUUAAUAUUUUUACAUUCAUAAGUAUUAUGAAAUGAAUGUAAGUACAUGUACAUUUAAUAAAAACCUACAAGUAUUAUAAAAGAAAAAUACAAGUUCAAGAUGGCCAAAUGCAGACAUGCAGAUUUGCUUUAGAAUUGCAUGAUAAGUUCAUAUAUAUGUAUAAAGUCAUUGCAUCAGAGUUAUUUCUACAUUUUAUUGAAUUCCACCCAUUUUCCACGCAGAUAAAUGAUUUUGUUUAAACAGACUAAAAGUCAAUUGAUAUUGCUUCAUAUAUAUUGGCACGACUGACACAGUGUUAUUAUAUGAGACUUUUUCUGGGUGAAGCGUGGAAUUCGUUCACUUGUAUCGCUACCAAUUUCCACAAGUUUUUGGUUUAAAGACGUAGCUUAAGUAAAUAUAUAUGUAAAAUGGUUAAUAUAUAGUAUAUAAAUACUAUUGAAACAUAUUUAAUAAUUUCUUUUUGGUUCUGUUGGAUGCCCUUCAGUGUAGUUCGUAAAUUUCAGUUACCAAAUCAAACAAACAAAUUUGUAUCAAGAUUUGAAUGGAAAAAGAAGCUUGAGAUUGAGAAGCGAAAGAUACAAGGCCAAUUACA